AUGGCCGACUCACCGGUUACCAUCCGAACUCGCAAGUUCAUCACCAACCGACUUCUGUCGCGGAAGCAGAUGGUCCUUGACGUCCUCCACCCCAACCGGCCCAACGUCUCCAAAGACGACCUCCGCGCCAAACUGGCCGAAGUGUACAAAUCCAACAAGGACCAGAUCAACGUGUUCGGCAUGCGGACGCAGUACGGUGGCGGCAAGUCCACCGGCUUCGCCCUCAUCUACGACUCGGUCGAGGCCAUGAAGAAAUUCGAGCCGCACUACAGAUUGGUCAGAGUGGGUCACGCUACCAAGAUCGAAAAGGCCAGCAGACAGCAACGCAAGCAGCGCAAGAACCGGUCGAAGGAGUUCCGAGGCACGGCCAAGACAAAGGGUGCGAAGAAGGACAAGAGCAAAUAA